AUGGCGAUGAACAGGGUGAGGAACGCCUUUGCGCCUCCAAAGAAAGGGGAGACUUUUGAAUUGCGAGCUGGUCUUGUAUCUCAAUAUGCCUACGAACGGAAAGAGGCCAUUCAAAAGACUAUCAUGGCCAUGACAUUGGGCAAAGAUGUUUCCGCACUUUUUCCGGACGUCCUCAAAAACAUUGCGACCUCUGACCUCGACCAGAAGAAACUGGUCUACUUGUACUUGAUGAACUAUGCGAAAUCACACCCUGACCUCUGUAUCCUCGCUGUCAACACCUUUGUACAAGAUUCCGAAGAUCCCAAUCCCCUCAUCCGCGCACUGGCAAUCCGAACAAUGGGAUGCAUAAGAGUUGACAAAAUGAUCGACUACAUGGAAGAACCACUACGAAAGACACUCCGAGACGAAUCACCCUAUGUUCGAAAGACUGCCGCGAUCUGCGUCGCAAAACUGUUCGAUCUCAACCCUGCCAUGUGCCUCGAAAAUGGCUUCCUGGAAACACUGCAAGAGAUGAUUGGUGACCCGAACCCGAUGGUGGUAGCCAAUUCCGUGCAAGCACUUGCCGAAAUCAACGAGUCGGCGCCCGACACGAACGCCCUACACAUCACACCCAACACAUUGAAGAAACUCCUGAUGGCUCUGAAUGAGUGUACGGAAUGGGGUCGUGUCACGAUCCUGAGUACAUUGGCAGAAUACAAGGCGCAGGAUGUCAAAGAGGCCGAGCACAUAUGCGAAAGAGUGGCGCCGCAGUUUCAGCAUGUCAACUCGAGUGUGGUCGUCGCUGCCGUCAAGGCGGUUUUCCUGCAUAUGAGAUAUCUUCCAUUGGAAACGCAGCAGUCCUAUCUGAAGAAGAUGGCACCUCCCUUGGUCACGCUAGUAUCUUCUGCGCCGGAAGUGCAGUACGUGGCUCUCCGCAAUAUCGACCUCCUCCUGCAGAAGCAACCCGAUAUUCUCAGCAAAGAAAUUCGAGUCUUUUUCUGCAAAUACAACGAUCCGCCUUAUGUCAAGUUUCAAAAACUCGAAAUAAUGGUCCGUAUAGCAAACGAGGCAAACGUGGAUCAACUACUGGCCGAACUGAAGGAAUAUGCCUUGGAAGUAGACAUGGAUUUUGUGCGUCGAGCCGUCAAGGCCAUUGGACAAGUUGCCAUCAAGAUCGAAAGUGCCAGUGAACGUUGUGUCAAUGCCCUGCUGGACCUCAUCAACACAAAAGUCAACUAUGUGGUACAAGAAGUGAUUGUUGUGAUCAAGGAUAUUUUCCGGAAAUACCCAGGUUAUGAAGGAAUCAUCCCAACAUUAUGCAAAUGUAUCGAUGAGCUGGAUGAACCCAAUGCGCGAGGGUCUCUGAUCUGGAUUGUUGGAGAGUAUGCUGAAAAAAUCAGCAAUGCUGGCGACAUCCUUGGCGGGUUUGUGGAUGGGUUUGCCGAAGAGUUUACACAGACCCAGCUUCAGAUCCUCACCGCGGUGGUCAAGCUGUUCUUGAAGCGACCACAAGCCGCCCAAGGUCUCGUCCAGAAGGUUCUCAAUGCUGCAACUGCCGAAAGCGAUAAUCCCGACAUUCGCGAUCGAGCUUAUGUAUACUGGCGGCUCCUCUCCAACACAAGCGACCAAAACGCUCCCAAGAACAUCAUCCUCUCAGAAAAGCCACCCAUAACCACCACAAUCCAAUCCUUGCCACCAGCACUCCUCGAAAGGUUGCUCGGCGAGCUCUCGACAUUAGCUUCAGUCUAUCACAAACCACCAGAGCAGUUCGUGGGCCAAGGCCGCUUUGGGGCCGAUGCGGUACAACAAGCUGCAAUCGAAGAACAAAUGCAAAAUGCCCGCGAAAAUCCGUUAGCAGCGGCGGCAGCAGCGGCAGCAGUCCAGGGUAAGGCUCCCGAAGCACAAAACAACAUUGAAAACCUCCUCGACAUCGAUUUUGAUGGUGCCGCACCUGCAUCGGCAUCGGAAAAGCCCUCGGACGGUCUCUCAGGCUUGGAAGGGCUUGCAGGGACACCGCAAAGGGUGGCUUCACCGACCGUCAGUCAGCCUGCUGCGGCCAAUAACAUGGAUGACCUACUUGGCGUGUUUGGCAAUGAAUCAUCUUCAACUGUGCCGUCGGCAACGUCUGCAUUCGGCGGAAUGACUGAUAGUGACAUCCUGAACGGCUUCGCUUCGAUGGAUCUUUCUCAGUCGCAGCCCCCACCCCCUAAACAGCAACUUGACAACUCUGGCGGAAAGAAGACGAGCGAGGACUUGUUGUCACUUUUCUAG